AUAGGAAAUAGGUUAACAUUCGUGUUAUUUUAAUAAAAACCCUUUUUUCACUUAGAUGUAAAUAUUACGUGUUAAAAUGUGUACUGUGUUGUUGUGAUUAAAGCCGCGUAGAAUGUUAUAGCGACUCACGUUGACAAGGUAUCGAAGUCACUAGCUAUGGAUUUCGGACACCCGCCACCGAAUAUUGGGAUGCCACCACCCGGCAUGGGUGGUCCAAUGGGUCCUCCAAUGGGUCCUCCAAUGGGUCCUCCAAUGGGUCCUCCAAUGGGCCCUCCCAUGGGUCCGCCAAUGGGUCCACCUGGGCGCAACAACAUGCGCCAUAACUUUAGACCUUUCAACUACCAGAUGCGCUUCCCGCCUCAAGGUCCCCUGAACAUGACUCAAGAUGAUUUCGAUGGUAAACGUUUACGUAAAUCUGUUAUGCGGAAAACCGUAGAUUAUAACGCUGCCAUUAUUAAAGCUUUAGAGUGUCGCGUUUGGCAGAGGGAUUGGCGGGACAGGCACGCUCUGCAGCCCGACGCUAUGUACACUCCCGACUUGUUGCCGCCUCCCUCAUAUCCUGAUAAUCCUAUUAAUGCGGUCACCACACGUUUCGUCAAAACUGCCACUAAUAAAAUGAGAUGUCCCAUUUUCGCUGUGGCUUGGACCCCGGAAGGUCGGAGGUUAAUAACAGGGGCGUCCUCUGGAGAAUUUACGUUGUGGAAUGGUUUAACAUUUAACUUCGAAACCAUUCUACAAGCACAUGAUUCACCAGUCCGGUCAAUGGUAUGGUCACAUGGGGAAGGCUGGAUGGUAACAGGUGAUCAUUCUGGUUUCAUAAAAUACUGGCAGAGUAACAUGAACAAUGUAAAAAUGUACCAAGCCCAUAAAGAAGCUGUAAGGGGUAUUAGUUUUAGUCCCAGUGACUCUAAAAUUGUUACCUGUUCCGAUGAUGGAACCUUGCGUAUAUUCGACUUCUAUAGAUGCCAAGAAGAAAGAAUAUUGAGAGGACAUGGUGCAGAUGUCAAGUGUGUACAGUGGCAUCCUACUAAGGCACUCAUAGUGUCAGGCAGCAAAGAUAACCAGCAACCAAUAAAAUUAUGGGAUCCUAAAUCUGGAACUGCUCUCUCAACACUACACGCACAUAAGUCUACUGUCAUGGAUCUAAAAUGGAAUGACAAUGGAAAUUGGUUAAUAACAGCAUCUCGAGACCAUUUGCUCAAACUAUUUGACAUUCGUAAACUAGGAUCUGAAUUACAAAUAUUUAGAGGACACAAGAAAGAAGCCUCAAGUGUAGCAUGGCACCCAACUCAUGAGGGCUUAUUUUGUUCUGGCGGUUCUGAUGGUGCUAUUCUGUUCUGGAAUGUUGGAACUGAUAAGGAAGUUGGAUGCAUUGAAGGUGCUCAUGAAUCUAUAGUCUGGACAAUGGCCUGGCAUCCAUUAGGUCAUAUUCUGUGCUCAGGGUCCAAUGAUCACACAUCAAAAUUUUGGACCAGAAACAGACCAGGAGAUUUAAUGAGAGACAAGUACAACCUCAACACUUUGCCGCCUGGUGUCCAAGAUGACCAUGACUUAGAAGAGCCAGCAAUCAUCCCUGGCAUGGGUCCAGAAGACAAAGUAGAAAUAUUUUCUUCUGAUAAAGAUGCAGAUAAAGUUAUACCUGGUCUCGAUUUAGAUACAACAUUGAUACCAAUGGACUUUGAGAAGAAAGUAAAGAAAGUUCCUUACAGUAAACCCAUUCCUAGAAACUUCCAGGCCCAGUGGAAUCAUGGUCCUACUGCUGAUGAUGCAACAACAGAAGCCUUGACACAAGCAUUAGUGGAAUCAGUUCCGGGGGCAGUGCCGCUAACACAAAUUACUCCCACAGCUAUAUUCAUUUAUGGAAAACUUAUUACUGUAGAUCCUGGAUCUAAAUUAGAAAAAGCCAUUUCAGAAGGCCCUGUUGCUCUUAAAAAGUAUAUAGCUACAGGAGAAAUAGAGGAACUGCAUGAUGUCAUGCCACAUCUAGAAGAAGAUGCAGAUGAAGAUACUUACAAUCAACCCUUUGAAUAUCCUGCGGCUGAUCGCAAUCAUGAUGGACCUGAUAAUGAUGAUGAAAUGGAAGAUCCAUUUGCACAUGAAAAUUAUGAUGAUCACAACAUGGAUGACAUGGGAGAUCAAUCAAUGGGAGAUCAAGAUUUCAACCAAUCUAACAUGAAUAAUAUGAGAUCAAUGAAUAAUAUGCCACCAAUGGGCAAUAUGAUGGGACCACCUAUGCCCAUGGGUAAUAUGGGUCCAAUGGGAGGUCCACCGAUGAAUAAUAUGCCACCUCACCUGGCAGGAAUGCCCCCACCCAUGGGCAAUAUGCCACCUAUGGGUAAUAUGCCACCAAUGGGUAAUAUGCCUCCCAUGGGCAACAUGCCACCUAUGGGCAACAUGCCACCAAUGGGGAACAUGCCACCGAUGGGCAACAUGCCACAGAUGGGCAAUAUGCCACCAUUGGGGAACAUGCAACAAAUGGGGCCACCACCUAUGGGCAACAUGCCUCCUAUGAAUGUGAAUAUGGCUCCUAGACCUCCUUUCACUGACAAUGGAUUUAACAAUAAAGGACAUUUCGAGUCUGACUUCGAUAACCAGUACCAACAAGAAAAUGAAGAGUACAAUAAUGACGAAGAUCAGUCCUACCAAGAUCAAAAUAAUUAUGACGAUGAAUCGUAUAAUGAUGAUGGCGACGACUAUUCGCGCAAUCAGAGAUGGGGCAGCGGAGGGUACAGAGGUAGGAACCAGGACAGGGGAAGAGGGCAGGACAGAGGCCGCGGGCGCGGCAUGAACGGGCACGGCGCGCGCGGCAACCGCCGCGGGCAGCGCGGCUCGCCCUGGCGCGGCCGCGGCGGCUCCAACCGCACCUUCCGGCGCGGCGGCAAGUCUGUGCCCAACUAGUAUUCCGACCUCUACCAUUGGUCGCGCCCUGACUAAGCAAUAACUUUUAAGUUGAGACAUUGAGUGUAAGUGUAAAGAUGAUUAUUAAGUGAUGAAGUUGCGAAUGGUUGUAUAUAAGUUUUGUUUCCAGCUUGUAUUUUAUUUUCUAAGCUGAAAAUUCUGAAAAUAAUAAAAUU